AUGGCACAGAGAAACAUACUACAGGAAUACGAUCAUCUUCCUCCUUUUGGCGAAGUUUCGUCAUGCGAAGAAAACAAUGUAGAGUCCGAGGAGGAUGUGCAAAGCGAAGAAGAAUUCGACGAUCAUUCGGAUGUCGAGGAAUCUACAAUUGAGCAAGUAUCAGGAUUGGAGCGUGAAAUUCCAGGAAUAAACAUAGGUAGACGUCGAAGUUUUAUUAGAGGAAGAAAUGAUCAUAAAUGGUCUUUAAAUGCUCCUGAAGUAAGAGAAGAACAAAGGCCCAUGACCAUUCAUGUACCUAAAGCUAAUCUAGAAGCACAACAAGUACGAACAUCGCUUGACAGUUGGUCUUUGCUUUUCUCCGAUAAUAUUCUUAAAAUUAUAGUCAAAUUCACCAACAAGGAAAUAAAUAAGAUUGUAAACAUAUCAAAUCAAACUGUAUAUAAUAGAACAGACGUUACAGAAAUAAGAGCGUUUUUCGGAAUCUUGUACUUUUCGGGAGUACAAAAAAACGGCCUCACGAAUCCAGAAGAAAUGUGGUCGAACGAAUUUGGCUCGAACUUGUACAGGAGUGUUAUGUCACUUGGUCGCUUCAUACUUUUGGGCUCAUGUCUUUGUUUCGAUGACAAAAACACAAGAGCAGAGCGGAAACUCACUGAUGGAUUGGCCGCCAUAAGGGAAAUAUGGGAUAUUUUCAUCGCUAAUUGCACUAAAUAUUACACGCCUUCUCAAAAUUGCACUAUCGACGAACAACUUCUUGAAUUUAAAGGUAGAUUUCAUGCUAAGGUCUACAUAAAAGGUAAGUCCGAUCGAUGUGGCAUAAAAAUCAUCAGCAUGAAUGAUGCUGCAAAUGGCUAUAUGAUAAAUGCGUUACCUUACAUCGGACGAGUAAUAACUGAAAGAGAAAAUGUGCCUAGUUAUUAUGUGCGUAAGUUAUCAACUCCGAUUCAUAACACCAAUCGAAACAUAACUUGCGGUAAUCGGUUUACCUCUGUAGAAAUAGUCGAUAAAAUGAUGUCAAAAUAUUCACUUACAAUGGUUGGAACGAUCAGAAAAAAUAAACGUCACAUUCCUAUUUUGUUCUCUCGGCCUAUAAGUGUUGGUACCGCUCGGUAUGCAUAUGAUAAUGGAAAGACCUUGUUGUCAUAUUCACCAAAGAAAAACAAGAUUGUUUUACUUCUUUCUAGUCUUCAUGAACGUGGGAGAACAGACGAAAACACCGAAAAACCAGAAAUCAUUACCUUCUAUAAAAGCACAAAAGGAGGAACUGACACUUUCGAUCAGUUAUGUAAAUACUAUUCGACGGUAAGAAAAACAAAUCAAUGGACAAUGAGAUUCUUUUUUGGAAUGCUGGACCAAGCAGGUGUCAAUGCAUAUCGAUUGUACGAGUUGAAUCAGCAAAAUCAACAAAUCAACAGGAGAUCUUUUUUGAAAAAUCUUACUCUAAGCCUAAUCAAACCGGAACUUGAAAGGAGACUUACAAUACUGACUUUACGAAAAUCUUUGAAACUCAUGAUAUGGGAAAUAUUGAACGUCGAAGAUCCUGACUCAACUGCAAAUACUGGAAAAAUGGAAAAAAGAAAAAGGUGUUAUUUUUGUCCCACAAAAAAAGAUAGAAAAACAUUUUAUUGCUGUACUCACUGUAAGAAGCCGAUAUGCGAAGACCACAGAUCACCGAUAUGUAGCGAAUGCAUACCAUAA